CUGCCAACAACAAAGACACCAUGACAACAUUAGAUGGGUUUCCAGCCAGUUUUUAUGGUGAACCAGGAGUGUUAGGAAUAUUAUCCAACGGGAUCAGUGCAUUCCUUGUACUUCUACAGAACUUCAAUACUGCACACACUGGCGAUGCACCAGUGGGAGUGGCUAACAUACUUCAAGGUGUUCAUCUGAUCCUGAUUGGUGGUAUAUGCCAGCUGGUGGCUGGCUUGCUCUCCUUUAGAAAAUAUGAUCAUCUGAGUGGCACUGCCUUUGUUGGCUAUGCUGCUCUGUGGGGCAGUUAUGGUGCCACCCGUAUCUUCUUUGGUGCAUUAGCCGAAACUCCUACAACAGCACUUAUGCAAUAUCAUAAUACAUCAGUAUCAGUAAUGAACAGCUCAUACUUGUCCACCAGCAUGACGAGCAACAUAUCUUCAAAUGCCACCACAGCGAUCCCAGUUUGGUAUUUAUACCUGUCCAUAAAAGAGUCGGCAAUCGCUGGUCUGGUUCCCUAUGUCCUCCUGUCCUUUCUCCUUGCCUUCUGCUCUGCCACAGUCAAUUAUAUCAUGCCUUUUGUCUUUGGAGCCAUCACAGCCACAUUAAUUUUUGAAGCAGUGGCUCUGAUAGCGAGUUCCUGGGCUCUUGUGAUCUCUGGGAUUCUGGAGUUAGUUAUCCUGAUUUUUGCUAUUUAUGGUUCAGCUACACUGCUUGUCAAAGGUCUGACUCAACGUCUAGUCCUCAAAGGCUUCGGUACCCCUCUCUUUAAUGUUCUCCUGCUAGGGACCGCCAACUCAGCAAGCGCUCAGAGCAUUGGCCAAGAGAAGAAGAAAAACACAAAAUAUGCAGAGCCCAUGGCCUUGGGUUUCUUCUGUGACACUAUUGCCCCCUUUAUCUUUGCAUUCUACAGCUUUGGGUACAUGAAGUCCUUUGCGUUAGGAGCUACAUGGGUCUCAAUCGUCAUAGCCGCCCAACUCUUGUCCAGCUACUAUGCCUAUAUGCGUCAAGAUUGCUACCACACCACUAAGUUUGGUCUUCAUGCCACAUAUUGGCUGAUCAAGGCUUGGGAUGAGUUUGUGUUAUCUGCUCUGGUUGUGGAGCACAGUAACAUAGCCUCAGGGAGGGAAGCAAUGGUGGGAGACUGGUUCUUUGUGGCAGCAGGAUUGGUGCUCUGCAUAGGAAGCCUGAACACAGAUGUCUUAGAAUUGAUCCACAACAUGCUGUUUGUCCUGCUCACAGUUUCAACAGUCCCCCAGAUCCCUCUCCAGGGAUACUACAUCUUUUUUGGUAUAGCGUGCGCCUUGUUCACGGCAGUCUCCCUGUAUGGUACCUUCUCACGUCUUAUCAACACCAUAGCAGAGAAGUCCCUAAUCCCUGUAGGUCCACAGCCCAUUUCCACAGACCGGUUGAAGAACGCUUUGAGCUGCAGCAGGGCCCGGGAGGGAGACCAGGAGAAGCUCCUCCAAACUGAACAGGCUUCAGACGCCCUGUUCUACCUUUCAAAUGGGGUUGCAGCUCUCUCAGCUCUUCAUACAAGUUUAUCCAGUUUAAAUCUUGCCUUCCUUCAUCUGACGGUCCCUUGGGUCUUUAUCUCUGGAACCAUCAUCCAGGCCUACGUCAGUCGGCUGCAAGUCACAGGAGGUGCCCGUUUUGGGUCAGUCCUCUCCUCCAUUUAUGUGGUGGUUUGGGCAACCUGGACCUGGUUUAGAUUUGCAGGUAAACUGCUUGAGCUUUCCACAGAGGCAGCGUAUGGUUUUACAGCAGGAGCCAUUGCUUUCCUGGUCAUGAAUGCUUUCCUUAUGUUGAUUGCUGCCUAUCGGAACCUGGUUAUGCUGUGUCUAACAGUGGUCAUGGAGGUUGUUCUGGUCUGUUUCCUGCUUUCCACUCUGCAGCGACUGCCAUAUAAACUGGAAAUGGCCAUGCUUGCAUUACUUUCAAUAAUUUGCAUAUAUGGAGUUCUGGCAUCACUGGUGAACUGCAUCUUUUCACAAACACUCCUUCCAAUGGGCCCUCCCUUAAUAAAGGUGCAAGUGAAGCGGGACUCUGCUGUAGAGUUACCAUGUCCUGCAGUUAAUUCACGACUCACCAGUAGUCUCCUGAAGAUUGCUGGCCUUCUGGGGGAAGGAGGAGUGUGUGGUAUUCCCACAGACACUGUUUAUGCCCUGGCUGCAUCGUGCAAGAAUCCUCAAGCAAUAGAGAAAAUUUACAAUAUUAAAGACAGACCAGCAGAGAAGCCCAUCUGCAUUUGCAUCUCUAAUGUUGAGCAGCUGGUAGCAGCAAAGCCUCCUUUCAGUCCUUUGCUUUGGGAGUUUAUGAGGAAUGUGUAUCCAGGAGGAAUCAGCUGCAUUGUGAGCAAAGGAGACUGGCUGCUUAAACUUGGUGUGGGACCAGCUUAUGAUCGUGUUGGUACCAAGGAUAGCAUCAUGAUCCGUGUGCCUGACCAUACGGUGACCAGCCACCUAUGUGACAUCACUGGACCCCUCGCCAUCACCUCAGCAAAUCCCAGUGGAGAAGCAGACAGCACCCACCACAGCAUGGUCAUCAAUCGACUGGGACACAAGAUCCAAGGAGUUCUCUGUGAUGGGGUAUCAAAUCAAGUUGUUGCUUCCACUGUGGUCAACUGCCUGAAAAUUGAUGAAGGGACCAUCACUAUUGUGAGGGAAGGCUGUGUCCCUGCAGUAAAAGUCCGACAGAUCUUUGACAGAGUGAAAAGCACCAUGGUGUGAUUUUCUUGCACCUCAUUUCUCUCCUUCAGAGAGUCUCGUCAUACCCGGCUCCCAGCAAGAUCAGCUUCUUCGGCUCCUUCAUUUUUAUUCAACAAUGACAGGGAUGUUUUUGAACAAUAUGAAAAAUUGAAUAUAAAAACAAACAAAAUUCUGGAAUUCACUGCUCAGUAAUUAUUUUAUUUAUUGUGGGCAAGAAGUUAGCGCUGUUAGAGCUGGAGUUUUGUUUGUUUUGGUCCCUUCCGAUGUUCACAUUUUGAAGUAGUGCACACUUCUAUUAUUGUUCGCAAAAACACAGUAAAAGCUAGAGUAAAGUUGGUUGCAUAUGUGUGUAACUGUGGAUGUUUUGGCAACUGUUACAAUAACAUAACCAAAAACAAAACAGUACUCUUAUUUAUGUUAGUUAACUGAAUAUUAAAAUAUCUUCACGAAAUGACUGUUAUAAAUUGUUAAUGGUUCAAAAAUAUCUGUUUAUAUAUUUAAAACAAAUGUUGAUGUGGAUUUUCACACUAAUUUUCAGGGUGAAAUAAUCAAACUUCUCUCCUCUCACUGUAUAUAUUUUUGAGUUAUCUUGUGCUGAAUAAAUCUAUGAAAAU